AUGUCCAUCCUCCUCAUCAACGGCCCCAACCUCAACCUCCUGGGAACCCGGGAACCACACCUCUACGGCUCAAUAACCCUCCAAGACGUCGAAACAAACGCAAAGAAGCUCGCCGCCUCAAAGGGCGCAAAACUCGAAUCCUUCCAAUCUAACCACGAGGGUGCCAUCGUCGACAGAAUUCACCAAGCGCGCGGCAACGUCGACGCCAUCCUCAUCAAUGCUGGCGCUUUAACGCACACCAGCGUCGCGGUGCGGGAUGCCCUCCUCGGCGUCUCGAUUCCGUUUGUCGAAAUUCAUAUUACGAAUGUGCAUCGGCGGGAGUCAUUUCGGCAUCACAGUUAUCUCAGUGAUAAGGCUAUCGCUGUUGUUGUUGGGUUGGGAGUUUAUGGGUAUGAGGUUGGGUUGGAGUUUGCUGUGAGGGAGUUGGUGAGGGAAUAA